AUGGCAGAAAUUCCUCCAUUAUGGCACAAAUUAUCAAUCUAUUGUGAAGCUUGUGUCUCAGGUAUACUAAAAGUUAGCCCUCCUACUCCAUUCACUGUGGUCAAGGGGGCACUUGAUCAAGGUGGUCCCGUUCUAAGACGAACACAUGGAAAUGAGGAAAUCAGUAUCUCUGUCAUGCGGUUGGCCAACAUUAUUCCUGGAGGUGGUGGAGCUGAGGAGGAGGAUGGUAUCAAUCAGCUUUUUCUACAUGUUGAUAUUUCAAAGCCAGGACAGAAGGAAUCUCUGCAUUUUCUUUGCGGGCUAUAUCCAGAUGCUCUGGGAAUACACUCGGUUUCAUUGAGGCCAAAGGCUGAGUCUACUGGGUUUCUUGCUGUUCCAACCAAUUACAGUGGCCCAGUUUUUCAAGAUAUUGAUGAGGCAAUGAGAGAUGCACUGCAUAGGUUCAUUGAAGAGCGAGGAAUUAAUGAAAGCCUCUUUCCAUUUCUACAAGCUUGGCUCUAUGUGAAGGACCAUCGGAAUCUUAUGCGUUGGUUUAAAACAGUUGGUUCACUGGUUAAUGACAGCAAACAAGGAUCUUCUCAUGCCUAAUCUUCAUUUUGAUGGUUCUUUGAAGUGGUUUGUGUACCAUAGAAAAGUGCAAGACUUCUAAAAAUUGUCAGCGUAUUGGAGAGUCAGAGAGUUAAUGGAAGGUAAAACGGAAACAGUUAUAUGCCCGCUUGAAUGUCUUAGUGAAUGUAUAGUUUGCUUGUGACAACUUUCAAUUGUCUUGAUCGUGGAAUAUCAUUGACACAUUGGGAUCGUUUUGAUGUUUUGAGAGACCAUAUGCUUUGUUUUCUAUAUCUGAUCCAAGCUAUGCUUUCUACUUUUUCAGUUCA